CGAAUCGCUGGUGACUGCGGCAAGUAUCCUGUAACCUUUUUAUUUUCUCCUCGAACUGUAUAAAUAAAAUUCCCAAUGAUUUGCUCAUGAUAAUAAUGAAUUUAGUGAGAUUUAAAAGUGUCGUGGCGUUCGAUUGUUUCGUUUGUUUGUGAAUGUUAACUAAUAAACGUUCAAACUGGCGACCGACAGUGAUAGCAAGUCAAACAUGGCUUCUUCCGCGAGAAUUAUUCAAAGUAAUUCCGCGUGGUUUCAGAAGAAGAUAAAUCUGAGACCGCAACACAGGGGUGUUCACUUAGUUACGGAGGAGAUCCUCAGACAGAUCCCAGAAUUGUCACAGUUCGCGAUGGGAUUAUGUCAUGUACAAAUUCUUCACACUAGUGCCAGUUUGGCUUUAAACGAAAGUUGGGACCCAGACGUUCGGGAUGACAUGGAAAUGAUGUUAAAUAAGAUAGUACCAGAAGGAUUACCUUAUAGACAUUCCUGUGAAGGCCCGGAUGACAUGCCCGCCCACGUGAAGGCCUGCUUCCUCGGCUCGUCGCUCUCCAUACCGAUAACCGAGGGCAAACUGAACCUGGGCAAGUGGCAGGGCGUGUGGCUGUGCGAGCACCGCGACCUUGCCGGAUCCCGGAAGCUGCUGAUCACGCUGAACGGAUGUCUGCGCGACGCCACCUGCACGCCCCUUUCGCCCGUCAGUCCCAUGGCAAGUACGAGCAGUUAGGGAAAGCACUCGGGCCACUCGUUGUCCAAGCACUGACCAGUGCUGGCGGGACGACGACGGUCCGAGUCUAAACCUUGCCCCAACAAAACCCCGCACACACCCCGCAAACAAAUGUAAUUCGCAUUCAAAACUGUACUGUACUACCGCGGCGACAAACGGAUAGCGUAUCGACGUCCACCUUUUUUUGCCUAGCGACCGACAUAACACGGGACGACUACUGCUGCUCCGCGCUAUCCCCACUCAAUGAAAAUACAAACAGGAAUCUACAGAGUCCGGAAUAUAUAUGCUAGUGUUACGCACAGACUUGAAAAAUAUAAAAAAAUAUACUUACGACAAUAUGUACAUACUUGUACAUUGUAUAUUAAACGUAAUUGAGGUUUGCGUUAUUAUGUUUUAGUUCACGGUUUUUGGGUAUUUCGUAGGGACUAGAGACAAUUUUGUUAGGGACUGUGUUGGUUUCUCCUGCUGUGCGCCUUACAAAAAAAGGAACACGUAUGUUUCUUACUUUGGUUACGCUUACACUAAACCCACCAUCUAACUAACAUUUCCAACGCAGUCAACAAUCUGAUGGCAGCAUGAAAGACAUAAAAUUGACAUAAGCCUCCCAACUAGUAAUUAUCAGACAACAUUAGAAGUUGGGCAUUAUUUGUUCAGAUGGUGAGUUUACAUCAAUGGAGCCUUAAAUUCAAAUGGCAGAACGAUCGACUUAACUACUAGCUUAAAGGGAAAUCAACACCGUUCCAAAAAAAAUUAUAGGUGCUGAGCAUUUCGAAAAAAAUUAAAAUAAAAAUCGGCAAAACAAAGGUGUUAUUACCAUAUUGGACAGAUUUAGUAAUAUUGUUCACAAUUCCAAAGUGUGUUCGUAUAUAAGGAGAUUAAGAAAACGAUAUUCAUGAAUCCUUCAAUCUUUAAUUUUUUGGUUUUUUGGUGAAACCAAUUUGUUGAUAUGUCAAGACCGAAUAUUAGAUCGGAUCGGAUGUAGAUUUUUUACGCGUUGAUGGUAGCUAGAUAUGUGUUCAUCAUUAUUAAUAUUAGUGCUGAUUUUGGAGACUUCAGUGAAUUUACAACAUAACGGUAACGUCCAACGCCACCGUUUUAUUGUUAGCACUAUAUCUGUUACACCAUCCUUGCGAAUACAAUUCCAUUGACUUUUUCCGUUCGCCACCAAGAAAAAUCCUACAGAUAUCUGACAAUAAUUGUUUUCUAUCAGCCGUCCGACUUAAUAUUCGCUGUGCUUGAACUUGUGUAAAUAGAAAAAAUAACAUUACGGGUUGUAAAUAGAUGUGUGUUGUUAACGGGGACUGAUUAUGAUGUUCGUCUUCCUUCCGUUCUAGCAAUAUCCAAAAAGUAGACUAUCCCGGUUUAUCCCAUAUAAGAAAAAAAUUUAAACAAUUAAAAUUUCACCGGCCCAUCCCGCAGAUAUAUUUGUUUCUUUGACGAUUCGAAUGAGUACAACGACCAUUACACACCCCGCAUCCCAUUCUAUUUGGUUUUUUUCACCUGUUCCGUUCCUUUUGUGCUUUUCAAUUUCGAUUGUCUCACAUUUUUGAUAUUACAGGGUACGAUUCAUUUUGUACGCCCUAAGCAAAACAUUCCGCCGAUUAUUUUUAGUUUUCUGUUUCUGUUAAGUGUAUCAGGCAAGAACAAAUUUGUGACCUGUGAACCUUCUAUACGAUAAAAACAGUUUCUAUUUUAUUGUAUCAAAUACAUAAUUACAGAAACAAGUCCAACUUUUGAUAUCUUUCCUGACACACAACAAUUGUAUUAAAUUGAAACAGCCAUUAUUUUCUAAACGGUUGAAUUUAAAUGUAGGUUAAUCAGGAGGAUAUGUUUUUACGAUUGGUUAUAUUCACUUUGAAUGUUGGCACGUUGUUAUUUACACGGUAUUGAGUGUUUAUAUUUGAUGUAUUUACGAUUAUUUUCAUUGCGAAAUGCAUUCCGUUUAAUGGACACCAAAAAUGUGUUUAACAUUAUGUUUUGGGUUCUUUUUAAGAGGUCUUGAAACUGUUUAGAGGAAAUGCUUCUUCUAAAUUGUUUGUGUGACCUGUCAAUGAUUAUUCUCUAUAAAAUUGUUUUUGGUUUUGUAAUUUCUGCAGAAAGUUUACGGUUUUAACAAUUCCAAUUCAGACAGAUUUUUGUUGUUUGUUUUUUGUUGGUUUAUUUUUUGCAAUAUAUUUUUAUGUAUAUAGUA